UCGCUUUUUGGGGUACUAUAUUUUUUCCAAUAAUAACGUUUAAAAUCAAACUAAUCCUAUUCAAAGACCUGAAGCGAAGUGUGUGAUGGCGAGGAAAAGGCGAAAACGAAGACACCAAGCGAAUACAGACUGGCAUGAGCCAUGUACGAAUACAGACCUGGCAUCUGGGGAAGCUGACGACAAAAUGAACCAGGAUCCAACCAGAGUUUUUCCGUCGACCAUCGGACACAUUCUUCAACCUAACAAUACUUCAGUUACGUCAGCAUGUAUAGCCUAUACGAGUAAUCCGAAUCAACCAGAACAAGGCGUGUGCGAUGUAGCGAAGAAAUGUGAGAAAGGUAACCAACUCACAGGUGCUUCCCGUUGUGAUGCUAUAAAUGACGUCAACUCUUCUUGCCUUGUUUUGGCUUCCUGUAGUCGACACACACUUCCAGAUGACAGUGCUGUCCCGGUGACGUGGAACGUCCAGAAAGAUUCUUGUAUCAAUACGACUGGACUGAAGUCUCCUGGCAAACCAUGCUCUGGACAGAAGCGAGCACGCCCCCGUGUAACCACAUCUGAUGUCCGAGUUCGGUCAAAUACUCUGCCAUCUUCUAAACGACGUAUAUCUAACGGGAGAGACACGACGUCACUAGUACACAGUGCAGAGGAACGUCCUGUCAAACAGAAGAGAACGUCAAGUCGGAUGAAAAAGAAGAAAUCCAAUAAUGGCAUGCGUCUGACCGACCACAAUUUGGACCUGCCGAAGAUUUAUCCUCCUGUGGCAAAUCAGAGGAAAAUCUGGUCCGACUUGAAGAAAGGACCUCACGAUGCCCAGUCCACAAGAACUGGAGUGCCAGAAAGACGUCGUAGUGGUGCUGAUGUCAGUGAAAUUAAGCCUGGCCUCACAAAACCUCCUAGCAUUUUCCACAGCAAAGACGUCCACAUGCGGAUUAGUGAUCUAACAGUUUUAACUAAGGAGCUGGCUGUUGAUAGCCGCCUAUUUUGUGAAACUGGACCAGAAUCCUCGGAAUAUGUUCCUGAACAAACACUCUUGAGAGACAGCAGCUGUGAAGACUCUUGUGAUGAAAUACGUUUCCGUGCUGGCAUCGGACGCACUGAUAAUUCUGUCCAUGAGUUUUCCAAGGUGGGGAAGAAGGACCUACAUACGCAAACAACUGAUCUGUCUCGUGCUCCUGUCUUGGCGAUAGAUUGUGAACCAGGUGGUGCAGAUUGCAGCCCAGUUCCAAGCAGGUCAAGCAAUGCACCACGCGAGAUGGAAACGCAUCAUUGUCCUGAGAGGUGUGUUCAUAAAAACAAAGACAAAAUCUUUACUGGAAUAAAAUGUACACCUGACAAGUAUGUUGACAGCAUCAAGAACGAAUUCCUCAUUGGAGUAGAACGUACACAUACAGACCACGAAGGUCACCAUUUAUCACUGAGUGAACACUGCGGUUACGUUUCAGGUGGUAACAGUGAUGGGUUGUUCACUUUAAUCGAUGAAUCAGAUAAACGCGCCAGGCGCAGGGAACGAAAGCACACAGUGAAGCUAGGAAAGAAAUCCUGCACCAGAAAGAGUAAGCAAGAGGACAUGCCAAUAGCAGAUGGCGGCGAAUUUGAUGCAGCGGCUAAUGAUGAAAACAACCACGUCCUUUCCUCUCAAGCUUCAGCAUGUGAAAAACUAAAUUCAAAUAUGAAAGACGAUUAUGCCAGAAUAGACGGUGGGGAUAUGAACAGUCCAAAAAGGAGCAAAAGAACAAGUCACCUCAAGUCUUCUUCCACCCCUGGACAUCAGGUUCUGAACGAGUUAAACGACUGGAAGGGACCUACCAAAGAAGACAGGUCGUCUGUUCGGGAAGUCAGACGUGUCAGUGACAUUGACAGUGGUAUCAAAGGCGUACAGAAUACAAGGACAACGACAGAAGUAAAGAUCGAAGAUUGCCGUGAAUUGUUAAAGGAUGACGACAGACUGAAGAAAGACGAUUGUAGCGAUUUGUGUGAAGUGGUGAACGAUGAAGACUGCACAAUAAUAGAAGUACAGAGCGAAGACUGCUAUGAACUCUUCCAGGAGGAUGACGACAUAUUGAAUGAUGGAGAUGAUCGCACAGAUUUGCGUAAAUUGCUGAAGGAUGAAGACGAUGGAUCUACACGUUUGGACCCACAGAUAAGAGGUACCACAGAACAGGAUGCAUACCUUGACGAUACCGGUUCUCUGUGUUGCCAGUAUCUGAAACCAGAGCAGCCUGGUACAGCGCCAGUAGAGGUAGAUGGCUUUCUAGUGGCUGAAAGUACGGAACCGGACACAGACACAUAUCAGACUCUGUACAGUCAGACAAGUGGUGCAGCUAGUCGGGUCGUAGACAAACAAAAGGACAGGCUGGUGAAUGGUGACACUUCCAUGCCCAACAAGCUGACUGAUAACUCCGAUUCUUCUCAAACGCUGUCCGAGCUGAAUGGAGGAACAAUAAAUCGAGUUGUGGGUUGGGAAAGUGAGAAACCGAUGGACGAGAAGACGUCCAAGUCCAUCUGGACCGUUAAAAUAAAAUCUGAACCACUCGACAGUACACUUGAUGGUCAACACAACACUGAUACUAAACGAGACGAGACAUCCACCGUAAUGGAGAACAGAGAAUCACUGGAAUUAAACGGUACAGACAGUGUAUCUGACUGCACUUGUGAUGGUGUCCAUGGGGACCUGAGUGAAGCUGAAAGUCCAGCAGUCGGUGCUGAAAGAUGUUGUGGGACUGUAGAAGGUGAGGAUGUGGCCGAGCUUCACGUCGUUCAUUCACAACAUCACCAUACAACACUGCUCGAGUGUUCACCGCCGGGUCGAAGACAAACGGGCGCCGAACCGAGUGACACUGCAACUCCCGACAGGAAGAACCACACGUCAUACAAGAUGCAGGACUGCUUCAUCGACCUCGGCAGCAGGAUCACUUCCGGUCUACCGACGUGCACAAGCUCUAAGCAUAUAAAGAGUAGGGAAACGGGCAGUUUGCUUCGCGAGUCUGGACCGUCAGAAAUUGACGAAGCGUCUGGCAAUGUUCCAGAGACGAAACCAGCUACGAGAUAUUCAGUAUCUCGCACAGUAACAGAUAUAACCAAGAUGACAGAACACCCAAAAGACGAUUCAGAGGAGGCUGUUGAUACGGAUUCACAACAACCUGAGACUGACCUGCCGCAAUCUUCAGAUCCCACACACAUCGCAAACAGAGGUCUGGUUUUGAAAUCAGGGGAUCAACAACGAUUAUGCAGUGAUAUUGAACCCUGUCACAAGAAGGCUGGAGUUGACAAGAAACACACUGGUGACGACGAGGAAAGUCCCUCUGACGCUGACGACUCGAAAACCUCCAUCAACGGAAAGCCAGCGGAAGAGAAGAGCAAGGUCGUUAGGAGUGACCCACAGCCAGUGCUUGUGCAGAAAAAAACCGUGAAGAUAAGGUAUCCGACUGGCGAGGAGAAGUUUGUUCUCAUCAACAACUCGACGAAAGUGACGUCCGGGAUCUUGACAAGCUGCGUUGAGUACCCAGUGACGGUCGCAGAACUGCUGGCUGCCAAAUCAAAGCCAGCAGACGGUGAAGACAAGCAUCACCAUAACAAGGAUCGGCAUCCACAACACAGACAGCAGCUCAAGAGACCUAUGUCUAGAGGAUCUCAUUCCAUGACAAAUUCGCCGAACAUUCAGGUGCACGUUGAGAAGAGAGAUGAGAAACCCGAUUACGACGACGACGACGUGCCUGAGGUGCCGCUGAAGAAGUUGAAGAAGAUCACGGUCAGGUCGGGGCCACCGACGGCUACGACUUUGCGGACUGCACGGCCUCGAUCAGAUGAUUCCCAGGACUCUACUGCUGAUGUUGUCCAGCAGCUGAAGAACGACCAGAACGCAAAGUCAUCAUCGUCAUCACCAACUGAAGCUCCUACUGCUGCUGCUGCUUCCCAGAGCCUCCGUUCCGACGUGGUGAUGUACAUGCGAGAAGAGUGGCAGGGCGGCAGCAACAAAACUGUCCUGUACAUUCCAUUCAGCAGCCUGGAGAGAAUGUUCCAGUCGUUGAAUGCAGGCGGAAAACAGCAGGUCCAGUUCAAGGUCCCCAUACCGAAGCAGAACAACCCUGCCGCUCGACCAAAGGACGACUGUGGCGACGGCGAUUACGUCGAGCGCCUCAUUCCGAGGUCGCAGAAGGCGUACUACGUGGCGGGCUCGCAGAUCGUGCGGCACAACGGCGUGGCGCGGUGCAGGUCGCGGGUGAUGACCGUCUACCACUGCAACGAUGCAGAUUUCAUGACGCGGGGCGUGCCGCCAUACCUGCCAGCGCUGCUCAUCUAUGACAACGACCCGUCUCUCGCCGUCAUCGUCGUGGGCCAGAUCUGCGCGGGUCUGUACCUGGUCGAGCCGACAACGGCGGCCGGCGAUCUGACGCAGAGGAAGAAGCAGGUGCACCACGUGUACGAGACGGUCGUGCUGAAACCAUACCCGACGUCGCUGGACCUGCCCGACCACGAUUAUUUCUGUCUGGCCGUCGGGCCGCUAGAGAGGUUCUGGAAGAGAGCGAGCGCCCGCCUCGACAGCAUCAACUCGUCCAUGUCGGUACUCAGCGUCGUCAGGCACAUCAUCGGAAACAAGGAGUGCAGGUGCUUCACGUCCAGGUGGUGUCAGCAGGAAGAGGGCGGAGGAGGAGGAGUAGGAGGUGGAGGGGGAGGACGUGUCGAGAAGACGAAACUGCUGUCCAGCAAGGAGCUGGAUGGCCACAUGGAGUGUCUGGCUCUCUUCAACUGCAACUGUCCAGAGUGUGUUCCCUUCAGGAGGAGAAGCAGAACGAAAUUCUUGGAGAAGCAGAAAUCACAGGACUCAAGCGGCGGCGUCGACGGCUCAUCAGGGAUCCUCGGCAGAAGUCGGAUGAGUCAGGAGAAGAAGAAGGGAUUGUUGCCGUCACGUGAUCCGGACUCUCGUGACGAGUCCCCACCUAGUGGCGAGUCUGUGAGUCUUCAGGAUGUAGCCGGUGACGUCACGGCGACUUUAAAAGUCGGAGAAAAAAGCAGUCGGGCGGUUGAAACGGUCGGCGUAGAAUCGGGAAAAUACGACAUCUCCCCGGAGAGUGUCGACGAAACGGAGAUGUAUAUUGACGUGAUAGGCAAUUCUGACUCCAGUGAACCAAUCAGUCACAAUCUGAAUUUAACAGGGAAUUCUGAAUCACACAAGUCAGCCUCAAAAGGGUUAAAUGUAGCAAGGAAUUCUGAAUCGCGCAAUUCAGCCUCAAAAGCAUUAAAUGUAGCAGAGAAUUCUGAAUCACGCGAGUCAGCCUCAAGAGUGUUAGAUAUAGCAGAGAAUUCUGAAUCACGCGAGUCAGCCUCUAGAGUGUUAGAUGUAGCAGGGAAUUCUGAAUCACGCGAGUCAGCCUCAAGAGUGUUAGAUGUAGCAGAGAAUUCUGAAUCACGCGAGUCGGCCUCAAGAGUGUUAGAUGUAGCAGAGAAUUCUGAAUCACGCGAGUCGGCCUCAAGAGUGUUAGAUGUAGCAGAGAAUUCUGAAUCACGCGAGUCAGCCUUUAGAGUGUUAGAUGUAGCAGGGAAUUCUGAAUCACGCGAGUCAGCCUCUAGAAGGUUAUAUGUAGCAGAGAAUUCUGAAUCACGCGAGUCAGCCUCUAGAGGGUUAGAUGUAGAAGGCACUUCGAGAGGUUUAGAUGGAAUAGAGAACUGUUAUUCGUGUGAGCCAGCCGCAAAUGCUGAUUCAAAUGAGCCACAAUGUCAAAUUUUAUCGACAGCGGAACUUUCCAACUGGCAACAAUUAUCGGACGCUGGAAGUGUGGACAUGAUUGGAAUUUCUGAUUCAGGUGUACCAUAUUUCCAACGAUCGGAUGCAACAGACGAGGUGACUGGUUCACAAAAAACAUGUUCUCAAAAGUUAGAUGUAACAGAUGAUGUGAUUGGCUCACCGAAUAUCAUCUGCCACAAUGUGCCGACACAGAUAUCUGUUGACAAAACGUUUGAUGCACAGUCUAUACAGGACGUUUGUGACGAUGACUGUGAAGCUCAGACUUCUGGACGGGACCCAAAUCGUCUGUACGUCAGAUUCAAGUUUCGCAAUCAAAGAAAACACUGAAAUUAUCCUUAAUGAUGCACUCAGCAGAAAAGUAUAUUAUUAUAUUUUAACAUAAAUGUGUAACGUGUAUUUAUUUCUGUAUAGGGAGGUCGGAAUUUAUCUUCAAAGGUUAUUAAAUUAGAAGUCUGUGACGUUAGGUUUAUAAAUCUUGGUGUAAUUUCAAUACGGUACUUGACGUUUAUUAAAAUGCCUCCUACCGACCCCCACCCCAAAAAUAUAUAAAAUGAUAAUAAUACAAUAAAACCAAUAUUAUCAAAUAAAUCCUACAUCCCUGAUAAUUGAUCUCAUCAGACAGAGGGUGAUGUCCGUGUUAGUGUUAUACAGUGACUGUUGAACAAAAUAAGACUGUACACGCAUUGUCACUUCAGUCACAUUAAAUAGCUAUUAUAGGGUAUAUAUUCGAGUUACAGUCUGGUCUGAUAUCAAUAAAAGACUGGGUUAGAUGCUUUCAUACAUUUGUUUGCAGCUAUAUAUUAUACAUUAAUUGCUGUUGAUUUUGAUAAUAAAUUAUAAAUAUUUUGCAAGUUAUAUUUGCAACAAAAAUGUUA